AUGCUCAUUCAUGGCAUUUUGGCACCCUCCUCCUCCAAACUCGAAAGACAGAAUCAUCACUCCAUAUCAUUGCCAUUUACUCUGCCUGCCUGCCCCUCUCUCUAUCUCUCUAAAAAGUCAAAACACUCAAAUCCCAAUUUACAGCCUCCAGUUCUUUCUUCUCCAUCUGUUCUUUAUAAAGGAGACACAGAGAGCUUUUUUAAUCUGUUCUUUAAAGCUUGAGAUGAAAACUAUGGCAAAUGGGCUCAAUUUGAUCUUCCUUUUGGGUUUUCUACUUCUAUUGUCAAGGGCAGAAGCCAGAUCAAUGCCUGCUGCCUCCAUUUUACCUGAGUCUGAUCCAAAUGCUUCUUCUUCCAAUAUUCCCAUAAGAUCAUCACCUAUUGAGGAACCAAGCCUGGAUGUGGAUGAUGAUGAUGCUUGCAAGGGUUUAAACAGUGAAGAGUGUUUGAUCAGAAGGUCCAUGGUUGCUCACACAGACUAUAUCUACACACAAGACAUCAGCUCUACUGGACCAUGAAUCCAUGAUACUAAAAUAUAAUAUAUUUUCUCUUCACUAGCUAGCCACUGUAUUUCAUAAAUUUUGCUGAUACUGUAAUGAAGGAAACUCAGGUUUUGUGUUUAAGUUGAUCAA